GUUCGUGAGCGAAACAUGAGUACUGAAGGGGAAAAUCAUGUAUCUAUCGCUGAAGUGAAAAAUGAAAUAGUAAGUGACCAGGUAAUAAAGCCACUCAUGCAUCGACCGCCUGCAGCAUCUAGUACAGAUGGAAAUAACGACGGUAAAACAUCUGCUAAAACAAGCCCGGUGGCUGCAUCUUCUCUGCUUGGAACCCCACCAUCAAAAACACAAAAUCCCGCUACUGCUGACUUAUGGGUAGAAACCAAAACAACUGAUGGCAAGUUGUAUUACUAUCAUGCCAUCAGCCGAGAGACAACAUGGACUCGCCCCGAAGGAUCAAAUGUUAAUAUCAUGACACAGGAUGAAAUAGAAGUUCUAAAUAAGCAACAGUCGCAGCAAUCUACUGUAGACCAACAGGGCGUUGAUGUUGUCUCGGUAACGAACGUUGUACCUGCUUCUAAUGCAACUGCAUCAUUACCCUUGCAACAGAGUGCUAUUCAUCCACCAAGAUUCUCCGGGCCUCCACCUACAUUCGGGAUGGCGCAGUUCGGCAUGCCACCACCAAAUUUUCCUAACUUUCCUCCGUGGAACCCAUCCACAGUCAACAAUGGUCAAGCUUGGAUGAUGGGUCAAAAUCAUCCCGUAGAUGUGGCCAAACAGGCUAUGACUGAGAUUAAAUUGAACGAAAUUGACCCUGCAAUCGUUGCCAAGGCGAAAGUGUGGAGUGAACAUUCUGCGCCUGAUGGACGUACGUUCUUUUACAACGCCUCAAAAGGUGAAAGCGUGUGGGAGAAACCGCAGGCAUUAAGAGAUCUCGAAAAAGCAAAAUUGACUGUUUGGAGCAUUAAGCAGAAAGCUAAAGUUAAUUCCUCGGGGCCACCAUUUUUAGCACCACCAAUUCCACCUCAAUUGCCCAUCAUGUCGUCUAUACAAACAUCGACAACAGGUAUAAAAAUCCAGCAGUUUCCUUCACCAUUGACUUCCUCUGGGCACGGUAUUUCCGGAAUGCGACUACAGCAGCUACCAGUUGGCACUGGUACUAGUGUAAUUUUCGAUCCCUUGGGGUUUAUGGCCAAAAAUGACAAGUCAGUUCCAGAGGACGAGCGGAAACGGAAGGCAGAUCAAGAAAAGAAACGCAAAGAUGAAGAAGAAAGUGUUAAAGUAAUGAAAACGCAGGAUAAAAGCCGUCCCAUAUACCACAACCCAAUAAGUGGCACACCGUGGUGCGUCGUUUGGACGGGAGAUGGUCGGGUGUUUUUCUACAAUCCUUCGUCUCGUACUUCCGUGUGGGAGCGACCGGAGGAACUAAAAGACCGGGCAGAUGUCGAUAAGGCUGUGCUUGUUCCACCACUGGAGCUGCUUGGAAGUGCUGCAGCAACAAAAGAAACGGACAGUGUGUCUAGCAAAGCACUAACGAUUGCGCCUGGUGCGGCCAUGGUAACUGCUAUUGCCGAAAGAGAUGAUGCUUCCCAUACUGUUAACAAUAGUAAAAAUAUCAACGAUACUCGAAAGAUGGCAACGGAAACCACUGAUUCCAGUGGGGAAGAAAAUGGUGACCAUGCAAGUAAGCGAUUGAAGAUAGAAGUCGAUACUGCCCUGAAAUCAACGCAAAACGCCUCGCGUUCGGGCAAUGAACUGGAAAAAGAAGUGAUUGCAAUGGAAGCCGAGGCGCGAGCUGCCCGUGAACGAACUCUUAUACCGUUGGAUGUGCGGAUGAAGUCUUUCCGCGAAAUGUUGCGUGAAAAGGAUGUCUCUGCUUUUAGCACAUGGGAGAAAGAGCUGCAUAAAAUUGUGUUCGAUCCGCGAUAUUUGUUGCUGACGUCUAAGGAACGCAAGCAAGUAUUCGAAAAGUACGUCAAGGAUCGCGCUGAUGAAGAACGUCGCGAAAAACGUAACAAAAUGCGUCAGAAGCGUGACGAUUUUCGGGCCCUGAUGGAAUCAGCCCAUUUGCAUGGAAAAUCAUCGUUUAGUGAAUUUGCUCAAAAAUUUGGUAAAGAUGAGCGCUUCAGAGUAAUUGAAAAGAUCCGUGAGCGAGAAAGUCUGUUCAAUGAGUUCAUUGUCGAAGUAAGGAAGCGCGAAAAGGAGGAAAAACAGAACCGAAAAGAACAGACACGUAAAGAAUUUAUUGCAAUGUUACGGGAGCGCAGUGACAUCAACCGGCAUUCCCGAUUUAGUGACCUUCGAAAACGAUUGGAAGGAGAUAUUAGAUACAAAGCUAUUACCGAGCAGCAUGAUCGUGAAGAAAUGUUUGAGGACCAUAUCAGGAUGCUGAAGGAAGAAAAACGUCGUGCCAAGGAGAAAGAAAAGGAAAAAGAUAGCAAAGAUAGAAAUAGCCGGAGCGAACAUAAGAACUACAGAAAAUCAAUCGAACGUUCACGAGAUGAGCGAAGCCGAUCAAAUGACCGUGAAUCUGGUCGCAAUGCAAAGGUUAAUAAUAAUGAGGACGGAACUGCUAUUCUUGCAAACAACGAAGGUGAUGACGAAGGAGAAGAAUGUAACACGUCCGACGAAGACGAGAUCGAGCGGCAGCAGAAAGAGCGCGAUCGAAAGCUGCGAGCUGAGGCUAGCAUCAAAGAACGCGAAAAAGAAGUUCAACGUACAUUGGCAACCCACUUACGCGAUCGCGACAAAGAACGCCAGCACCAUCAACGUGAUGAAGCCAUACGGCACUUUAACGCAUUGCUCGUUGAUCUGGUACGAAAUGCCGAUCUUACAUGGAAGGAAGUAAAAAAACUACUAAAGAAAGAUCACCGCUGGGAACUGAUCGCCAUGCUCGAUCGUGACGAUCGUGAAAGACUUUUUAAUGAGCAUCUUGCAAAUCUUGUGCGCAAGAAACGGGACAAAUUCCGCGAAAUGCUAGAAGAAAUUCCGUCGCUCGAACUGACGUCCCAAUGGAAGGAAAUAAAGAAACUUAUUCGUGACGAUCCGCGUUACUUGAAAUACAACAGUAGCGAAAGGGGAGAACGCGAAUUUCGUGACUUUAUCAGAGAUAAAACGACAAAUGCAAAAUUGGCUUUCCGUGAACUAUUGCAAGAGUGUAAGUUUCUUACGCAUAAAAGUCUGGAGCUUUAUCGAGAGAAUUCGAACCACCUGCGUGAGGUGGAAAACAUUUUGCAAAACGACAGGCGUUACCUGGUGCUGCACCACAUUGCACCAGAGCGUACACAAAUGAUUUUAGGACAUCUCGAGGACCUCCAAAAGCGUGGCCCACCACCUCCGCCGACUGCUAGUGAAUCCUUGCGACGCAAAUAAUGAAGAUAACAUAACGUUGUUUAAUGAUCAAAAAUUACUCUCCCAAGAAAAUAACUUAGCAUAAGCAAAAAGGAGUUUCCAUAAUUGGUAUGUAAAGUUAGAUUAACGAAUCGAGUGACUGCACCUAAAAAUCGAAGGGGAAUUUUGUGAGUCAUGAAACAGAAAUAAAAUAAAUUUGGAUUGUCAUUAGU